AACCUCCUUUUUCAUGAUCAUGGCUUGUUACUACUGCACCCAAUAAUCCCAUCAAUCAUGCCAUUUAUAUAUCUCUCCUCUGCAUCUCCUCCUCUCGAACAACUAGCAUAACUACCGCUCCCUCUUCUCUCUCCCUCCAUAUAGAUAUACUUCUAUAUCUAUAUUUCUCUGUCUGUGAUGGCUCUUCAGUAUAUUUCCUUCAUUACUAUAUUAUUGCUUUCUCUUUUCAAUUCCUGUGAAGCAACCUUAGAGAACCAGUUCCAGUUCUUCACUCUUAUGCAAAAGAGUCUCUCAGGGAACUCCUUGUCUGAUUGGGAUGUCAGUGGAGCAAAACCUUUCUGCAACUACACAGGAAUUGGCUGCAAUGAUCAAGGGUAUGUUGUGAAGAUUGAUGUAUCCGGGUGGUCUCUAUCCGGCCAUUUCCCUGAUGAUGUAUGCUCUUACCUGCCAGAGUUGCAAAUUCUUCGUCUUGGCCACAAUAACCUCCAUGGUAUCUUUCCUCGCAGCAUCACCAACUGCUCUCUUUUGGAAGAGCUGAAUUUGAGCUCUGCACAUCUCACAGGAACACUGCCAGACUUGUCACCAAUGAAAUCUGUGAGGUUGCUCGAUCUGUCGUACAACCUCUUUACAGGUGACUUCCCAAUAUCUGUCACCAACCUUACCAAUCUUGAGGUGAUGAACUUCAAUGAAAAUGGAGGUUUCAACUCAUGGCAACUGCCAGAGAACUUUUCCAGGCUGACAAAGCUAAAAUCCAUGGUGUUGUCAACAUGCAUGGUGCAUGGUCGAAUCCCAGCAUCAAUAGGAAACAUGGUAUCGCUUGUUGAUCUUGAAUUGAGUGGAAAUUUUCUAAUGGGUAAUAUUCCGGCUGAGAUUGGGCAGCUGAAGAACUUGCAACAGCUUGAGCUUUACUAUAACCAACUUGAUGGUGCAAUACCUGAGGAGCUUGGAAAUCUGACUGAACUCAGAGACUUGGACAUGUCUGUGAACAAGUUGAAUGGCAGAUUACCAGAAUCUAUAUGCCGCCUUCCCAAACUCCAAGUCUUGCAGCUUUACAACAACACUCUCACGGGAGAAAUUCCUGGUGCCAUAGGAAACUCGACAACCCUGACCAUGUUAUCCCUUUAUGAUAAUUUUCUGACUGGACAAGUCCCUCAAAGUCUUGGGAGAUCAUCACCGAUGAUUCUUCUGGACUUGUCAGAAAAUCAGCUAUCGGGAGAACUACCAGCAGAGGUGUGCAAUGGAGGUAAAUUGCUAUACUUACUUGUCCUUGAAAAUAUGUUUUCUGGAGAACUGCCUGAGAGUUAUGCAAAAUGUGUCUCUCUUAUCCGAUUUCGAGUUAAUUAUAAUCACUUGGAGGGAAUAAUCCCAGAAGGACUUCUAGCUCUUCCGCAUGUUUCAAUUAUUGAUUUGGGUUACAACCGCUUGAAUGGUCCAAUUUCCAAGACAAUUGGAAAUGCUAAGAACUUGUCAGAACUAUUCAUACAGAACAACAGGAUUUCAGGUGUUCUACCUUCAGAAAUCUCUCAAGCAAUCAAUCUGGUAAAGCUUGACCUCAGCAACAAUCUCCUGUCUGGCCCUAUUCCUUCCGAAAUUGGCAACCUGAAAAAGCUCAAUUUGUUGCUAUUGCACGGUAACAAGUUUAAUUCCUCCAUCCCCAGGUCACUCUCUUCACUAGGCUCUCUCAAUGUUCUUGACCUGUCUAGCAAUCUGUUGAUGGGGAGUAUCCCAGAAAGUCUUAGUGAACUGCUGCCAAACUCUAUGAACUUUUCGAACAAUCUGCUUUCCGGCCCUAUCCCUCUGUCAUUUAUCAAGGGAGGAUUAUUAGAAAGCUUUUCAGGCAAUCCAGGCCUCUGUGUUCCUGCCUAUCUCAAAUCACCCGAUCCCAAUAUACCAAUAUGCUCACACACUUACAACCGCAAGAAGAUAAACUGCAUAUGGGUGAUUGGGAUUUCAGUGGCGAUCGUUAUUGUUGGAGCUGUCCUGUUUCUGAAGCGCUGUUUUAGCAAAGAGCGAGCUUUGAUGGAACAUGAGGAGACAAUGUCAUCUUCAAUUUUCUCAUAUGAUGUUACAAGCUUCCACCGUUUAAGUUUUGAUCAACAUGAAAUCAUUGAAGCCAUGGUUGAUAAAAACAUAGUCGGUUAUGGAGGAUCUGGGACAGUGUACAGAAUUGAGUUGAGCAACAGGCAAGUUGUUGCCGUAAAGAAGCUCUGGAGUCGAAAAGCUAAAGAUUUUGUUUCCGAUAAUCAAUUGUGCUUAGACAAGGAGCUGAAAACCGAGGUUGACACUCUAGGAAGCAUAAGGCACAAGAACAUCGUCAAAUUAUAUUGCUACUUCUCCAGUUUGGAUUGCAGCUUGUUAGUUUAUGAGUACAUGCCAAAUGGAAACCUUUGGGAGGCACUUCACGGAGGAAAAAUCAUUUUGGAUUGGCCUACUCGUCAUCAGAUUGCACUAGGGAUUGCACAAGGUUUGGCCUAUCUCCACCAUGAUCUCUUGAUGCCAAUUAUUCACAGAGAUAUCAAGUCGACCAACAUCCUACUGGAUGUCAAUUAUCAACCAAAAGUUGCAGACUUUGGCGUAGCCAAAGUUUUGCAAGCAAGAGGGGGGAAAGAUUCCACCACUACUCAGGUUGCAGGCACUUAUGGUUACUUAGCUCCUGAAUAUGCAUAUUCUCCCAAGGCAACAACCAAAUGUGACGUCUACAGUUUUGGAGUCGUACUAAUGGAACUAAUAACUGGGAAGAAGCCCGUGGAGGCAGAGUUUGGAGAGAACAAGAAUGUUAUAUUUUGGGUUUCAACCAAAGUGGACACAAAAGGAGGAGCUAUGGAGAUUUUAGACAAGCAAGUGUCAGGGUCGUUCAAGGACGAGAUGAUCAAGAUGCUACGGAUUGCCAUCCGUUGUACCAGUAGGAACCCAGCCCAUCGCCCAACUAUGAGUGAAGUUGUUCAGCUAUUGAUUGACGCGGACCCCUGCAGAAUCGAUUCUUGCAAGUCGUCUAAUAAGACCAAGGAAACAGCAAAUGUAACCAAGCCAAAGAACUCCUAUGACUUGUAAUUAUAGAAGGUUGUUGAGAGUUUAUGGUGGAGUAGCAUACAGACUAUAGAACAGUACCAGCUCGCAAACUACUGAGAGACUAAUAAACUUCCCCUUUUUGUUUUCCUAAGAAAAUUACUAGAUAGAUUAUGCCUAGUUUUUUUUUUCUUUUUUCCUUUGUUUUUUUAUUUAUUGACCUAUUGUAAGCAUAUGAGGAAUUCAAUGAACAUAACUACUUUAUGGAAAAGCAUAGCAUCUAUAUU